UCCAUGGUGUCAAGCGCCAGCUGGUGAUGACGUAAAAUCCUCGCGCCGGGACGCUCUGCUUUCUGUUACUGAAUUUUUCGCAUCUGUUUGUUCUUUAAUUUUUCCCUUAAAUAAAAGUACCAGAUAGAAAACAAGGGCUGCGAUAUUUACUUUUAUUUACCUCUCCGCUCUCAGCCCGUCCCCCGCGUCAUGUCAGAGGAUGAUGAUUUCACGUUUCAUUCAAUGUUUUCCGACAAAGUGUCGAUAAAUAACAAUGAUGGUUUCGUGUCCCCGGACGGACUUUGCUGGGUGUCGGUGCUGUCAUGUUUGCUGCUUGCCUGCUCUUACGUUGGGAGUUUAUAUGUGUGGCGGAGCGAACUGCCCAGGGAUCACCCGGCUGUUAUCAAGAGGCGGUUCACCAGUGUGCUGAUCGUGUCGGCACUAUCGCCUGUCUUUGUGUGGGCAUGGAAACAGUACACUGGCGUCAGGCCAGGACCCUCUCUGCUGGCCCUUAUGGGUAUUCGGCUGGAAGGCGUUCUUGCAGCUGCCACUUUGCCUCUGGUACUCACUAUGGCUCUGUUCCUGGGGCCCCUGGUUCAGCUGGUCCUGGACAGCCCCUGGGGUCUUGUUGAUGGAAUUAAACUGGGUUUUGACCCCUGGUUCUGGACGCUGUGCGUCAGCGACAUGCGCUGGCUGAGGAACCAGGUGGUGGCGCCGCUCACGGAGGAGCUGGUGUUCCGGGCGUGCAUGCUGCCCAUGCUGGUGCCCUGCGCCGGCCCCACCACCGCCAUCUUCGUGUGCCCGCUCUUCUUUGGCGUGGCCCACUUCCACCAUGCGAUCGAGCUGCUGCGCUUCAGACAGGUGUCUGUGUCGGGGAUAUUUCUGUCUGCAGUGUUCCAGUUCUCCUACACUGCAGUCUUUGGGGCCUACACCGCGUUCAUCUUUAUCAGGACAGGGCACCUGGUGGGGCCGGUGCUGUGCCACUCCUUCUGUAACUACAUGGGUUUCCCGGCGGUGAGCGCCGCCCUGGAGCACCCUCAGCGCCUGCUCAUCGUCUCCUGCUACCUGCUGGGCGUGGUCCUCUUCCUGCUGCUCUUCUUCCCCGCCACUGACCCCUUCUUCUACGGCUCCUCCCCCAUCUGCAGCCUGGCCGGCGGCCAACGGGCCAUGUGCUCCUGACGCCCGGCCACGCCCGCCCGCCUCGGCCCGGCCACGCCCACCUCCAGGAGAUGGCAGAGUGGAGGGGUGCUCAGCCAGCAGGGGGCUCCACUUCCCCUCAGGUCUUCAGUGUUGUCCUCUGUGAGAACUCAGGCUUCUCUCUCUCUCUCUCUUUCUCUCACUCCCUCUUUCACAGUUUCUCUUCCUCCCUUUCUCCUGCCUCUAUAUGGCCAGUCUGAACUCAAAAUCUCAUCACUCACCUGUUUACACUCCUCUCCCUAUUCCUCUGUUUACCUCUCUUAGUCCCUCUUUUUAAUUCUCUCUCUCCCACUGUCCUCUUUUCUGUCGCUCACUCGCACACUCCUCUGUCCAGAACUUUUCCGCCAUAGAAACUUGAAGCUUGUCUCUUCUUGAGCUGAUCGGGUUCCGCCACGCUCAGAGACUGAGUUUACAUAGCCCUGCACCACCCUGUUACUGCACAGUUCUGCCCUGCUACUGCUGGGUCAGGGGAGAGUGGAGGACAGGGAGUGUGUGAAGUCAGGAUCACUGCGUCUUUGAUGAAUGUUGUAUACAGCACAACAUUUUUCAUACUUUUCAUUGUUAUAUUGUGAAACUUUUCAACACCUCAGAUUCUUACUACAGUGCACAAAUCAGGAAAGUUUGAUUAAAAAUGAGCAUGCUACACUGAGGGACCCGUGAAGUAAUACCGCAAACCCAAUCAUUCCCAUGACACCUACACAAAAAUGACACAUUAAGAGAGAGAGACAGAAGCUUCACAUUGAGCAUCACUGGAGAUUAAAGCAAUAACUACAACUUGGCCUGAUCAGGGAUUGCUUUUGGUAAAACAAAGGUGUAUUUGAAUGAAGAACUGGCCUAUGGCUCGAUUUGCGAAAUGUGAUUUAACCUUCUCUCCAGUUUUUAUUUUGUGUUAUUUAAAAAAGAGAAAGUAAUUCAUCUUAUUGUUAAUUGUGUAGCAUUAGCAUAGAGUUUCCUGUAAGUGUUGCAUAGACUAGGAUUUUUUGCAGACUUACCCCUUGAUGAUUAAUUUUCUACAGAGCAUAAUUCUUGGAAUAGGCAACAUCAUUAUUUUUUUAAAAACCAAAAAGGGACAUCUGUGCCAGCAAAUAAGACAAAAAGUACUAUAAGCUCUAAGAAACAGCAGAUAUGCGGGUAUUGUGCAACUUGCAGUUUUAUUUUUCAUUUUUUAAAACGCAGUUUUAAGGUCAUUGUGCGCAGUGAUGACCCUUUCCUGUUGUCUCCCAGACUGCGGCUCUUUAACCCCCUCAGCCACACCCGACCACGCCCUUUAGACCAGCAGAGAGCAGAGCGAGUGUUCCGCCUGAGCGUGUCUGCCUGCGAUGGCCGUGUUCCAUACGAAUGUACCGACAAACAGCGGCAGUGUUCUGUGUGUCCCAGUGCUCAGUGUGGUUCUGUUCCUCAGUCCCUCUGACUGAGCUUUGUUGCAGGUAGCAGGUUCAUCGUCCAGCCUUUCAAGUCAAAGGGACACUUGUUUAAAAUGAAAGCACUACAUCUAACAUUGUAUAGAAUCAAAGGGACGCUACAGCUGAACGAGUGUUUCAUUGUUUAGAAUCAAAGGGACGCUACAGCUGAACGAGUGUGCCUUUGUUUCAAAUCAAAGGGACACUCCAGCUGCACGAGUGCUCAUUGUGUCUAUUCAAAAGGGACAAUACACUGAACACUGGAAAGAGUUCCAUGCUGAUGGUAGUGUGCGCAUCCAGCAGGUGGCGCUGUAUGACCGGUAUUGUAAUAUUGAUGUGGGCGGUGAGCCCCAGCAGCAGAAGGAAACAUGAGACACUCAGGGCUUCGCUGGGGCCUGUCUCCUCUUCCUGGUCACCCAGUCUGCACAAUUAAAAAAUUUUAUUGGUUAUUUUUUCUGACCAUGACACGGACACCCCUUCAUUGAAAAGCUGUGGUUUAAAAAAAGUCAGGGGGGGAUUGCAUUCAGCCGGUCUCUUUCGCAUUUCGUCCGUUGAGGGCAGUUUCCUUGUUUGCGUUUCCGCUCUAGCGCACUGAGUCGCACGCUAACGCCCGUCUGGGGUGAAGUGUGUCCGCCGUGGCCGCCUCGAAGCGCUUGCACCAGGGUUAACUCGCUCCCGGAGCGCUCUGCUGUUUCUGUCCAUAUCCGAGCCUACUGACGUUCACGUCAACUAUAAGGUGCAUACACUGUACAGCCGUUAAGUAUGGUACGUCUACAGAAAUAUAUUUUUGCAAAUAAGUGUUAUUUUACAGAAAAACCUCGGGAAAACAGUGAAGUACUUUAGGCUUUGGGUCAUGGCUUUUGGGUGUUUUAGGCUUUGGGCCAACCUGUUACAUUUACCGCACACUGACGAGUUACUUAAAAAGAGUUUAAACGCCACUGGACAGUAAUUUAAUUAUAAUUGUUAUUAUUUUUAUUUAGUUAUUCCUUUUGCAAAAGAUUAUGUGGAUGUUUAUAUUACCAAUGAAUAUAUUUUGUAAUGAGAUCUAUUUUGAUGACCUGAAUUGAAUGUUUUGAAAGCUGAUGUAGGUGCAUGUUUCUGUGUUUACAUCAUGUGCAAUUUUGGGACAAAGACUUUAACAGUGUUUUAUGACAAUCUUGUAAGGGACCUUGAUGUAUCGAUUUAUUCUUAAAAUCCCGACAGUUUUCAUAAAUAAAUGGGGUUGAUUUAA